UCUUCUGCUUCAUCUCAACUUUCACUCAUAGCCCAACUCAUUCUUUUCCCUCUAUUCCACUAAAAAAAAAAAAUAUUUAAGAACUUGAAAUUUUAUGAUAUUGUUGUGAAAAGUCCACUCAUUUGAGCUAAAAAAAAAUUUUAUUUUUUUUUUGAAAAUGGGGAGUGCUUGUAACUGGGAGAAGAGUACUAUUGCCAAUGAGCUGAUCCAAGGAAUGGAAGUAGCUAGGCAGCUAAAGUUUCACUUGAGCUCAUCAACUUCAUCACCAGAUACUCAUCAGAGGCUGCUGCAGAGGAUUCUUUCUUCUUAUGACAAUGCUUUGUUGCUUCUUAACUGGAGUGAGUCCUCAGCAGUGCAGGCUCAGGCUGUGCCAGCCAUGGUCAGUCUGCCGCAGUCUCCGAUUUCGACUGAGGGGAGUCCAGGGGAAUUUAAGGAUCAUCACCAGGAUGUUUCCAAGAAGAGAAAGGCAUUGCCUACAUGGAAAGACCAUGUGAGGAUUUAUUUUGAGAAUGGAGUGGAAAGCUCUGCUGAAGAUGGAUAUAGUUGGAGGAAGUACGGACAAAAGGACAUUCUUGGAGCUACUCAUCCAAGAAGCUAUUACAGAUGCACAUACAGGAACACUCAAAUGUGUUAUGCCACAAAGCAAGUUCAAAGAUCAGAUAAUGAUCCCACAAUAUUUGAAAUCACUUACAAAGGAAAACAUACCUGCCUCCAGGCGAACAACUCAGUUCCACCAGCAACACCGGAGAAUCAAGAACUAAAGCACGAGAGCCAUUAUCAUUAUCAUCAUCAUAAUCAAGAACCAACGAACGAUGUGCUUAUUAACUUUAGAGAAAAUCUAAGAGUUGAAACAGAGGACUUGCAUAAGAAGGAAGCCUCGGAUUCCUUCUCUUUUCCUCAAGGGAUCGAAAAUCUGACAGGUGAGGCCCAACUGUCUUCGUUUUCACAACUGGUUAAUGAGAAUGUGAUGGGGAAUUUCUCUCCGUCGUUCAUUUCUCCGGCCACAUCUGGAUCAAGCUACUUCUCUGUUUCGCCUUACCAGAUGAACAGCUUUGGACAGUUUCCAGAGUCUGAUCAUAACGAGAUAAUAUCAGCAAACACAUCAACCAGCAACUCUCCGAUACUGGACUUGGACUUCCAGAUUGAUCACGCGGAUCUUGAUCUGAAAUUUCCAUUUGAUACACCAGGAUUUUUCUAGUAAUUCAACUUCAAAAUCUUGAUGAGUUAGUUGUGAGAACCCUGAUGGCUUGCAUAGAGAAGAAGCUUGUAAAGUAACAUAAAUUUCAAUAUGCUAGGUCAAGGGUCAGGGGUUGACAUGGUAGUAAUUUUGAUAAUGUAGACUACUAAAAGGCAUAUCCAAUCAAAAAUGUCUGUAAUAAUAUGGACUCUGUAGGAUUACUUCAAACAAGCUAGUAAGAUUUUAUGCUCAAA